UUUAAAUUUACAAUGACUUCUUUUCUUCCAAAAACACAUAUAUUUUGUAAUGUUUCUGUAAAUAUAAGCUAUUUUACAUCAAAUAAGGGCACAAUAACUAGUGAAACGUUACUAAUUUUCGAUCAAACUAAAGAAUUUUAUUGGAUUAAUAAAUACCUUUGCACAAUUUUUAAAAAAGAACUUUGACAGUGACACUUCAUAGAAAAAGGGGCGCGCGUUUAUAAAAAAAUUUAGUAAAAACAGAAAACUUUCAAGUGCUUGGAAUGUUUGAAAAAAUGUUUAAGUGGUUUUGUGUUGCCUUUUUAACAGAAUUUAUGUUAUUUAUUGAUAUGGGUUUUAUAAGUAAGUCGAAGAGUGAGCUUCGUUUGUUCACACGUCUAAUAUUUUUACUUCAUCUGUUAUAUUUCCUUUAAUACGCUAUCAAAACUUUUUGAACAUGAGUCAGAAUGCAAGGCCUACAUAUCCCCAGUUGGAAGCUUUGGUGAAUUUUUUGGAGGAAAAUCCAGGAAUAGCUAAAGGUCAUCUGCGUUCCGCUCAAGCAAAGUGGGAGACUAAAAGAAAAUGGGAAGAAAUUACCAUUACGCUAAAUGCUAUGGGAGGGACGCAAAAAGAUGCCAAAGGUUGGACAAAGUUUUGGACUGACAAAAAAUAUGCCCUAAAGAAAGUUUUAGGGCAGCGUAAUGCAGAUGCCAACCGAACCGGAGGUGGUAGAUCUGCCAACUUACCUCCACUCACAUGUAUAGAGGAGAGAAUGGUGGCUAUUCUUGGUGGCAGGGGUUUUGCAGAAGGGGACUCUCAGUUUAGUGUUCCAAUACUACCAUCUCAGGACCAACCAUCAACCAGCCAGCCAUUGCCAGCCAGUGUAACAUCAACACCACUAGGACAACAGGAAGAUUCUAUCGUCUUACCUCUACCGGGAACUCCAGCCCACUCUCCACCUUUAGCCUCUAUGCAAUCUACCCCGAGAAGAAGCCCUCGAAUUCGAGCCAGGUUGAGUCGUCAAGCUGCCAGAACAACAGGAGAGCGAGGUAGGCGAUCUCAACUUCAAGUUGAAAGAGAUCGCCUUGUUUCCAUUGAAGAGAAGCGGGUGGAGGCAGAGCUUCUUCAGGCUAGAGCAUUGCAAGAGAAUAUGGCGGGACUUGCUGCAGCUUGCAAUAAUAUAGCUGAAGCCAUAUCAAUAUUUGGGGAAAGACUGGUUAAUGUUGUAGAAACUUUUAUGCAAUCACAUUAAAGUUUCUACAAUUAAACGUAAAAGUAAAGUAGUUUUUGGAUUUAUGGAUAUGGAUGGUAUUGCUGUUUAUUUGUUGUUUUUCUUUUUUAUUCCAUGUUAUAACUAGUAGAUUACAUUAGUAUUAUUUGACAAAUACCAAUGUUAACAGAAAUACUUUGUAAUGUGUACC